GAAACCCGCCCCUUUACAAUAACCCCCAACCUACAUAAUGACUACUGCUGUACCUCUGAGUGUAUUAGCUUUGCCGUAGCAUCCGAAUAGUAGUCCACUGGAGAAAUUUAGGUGUUAAAAUCAUAAUAAUUCGACGUUGAGGUUUAUUUUCUCUGCUGACUGGUCUGGGCUCUGGGUCGCGCUCUUGUUAACUUGCUAGGAGGAGACUCAAGUGACAUUUACGUUGAUUCAUUCAUCCACAACAACAAUGGCAGCACAGGAUUUCAAUUUCUUGCUCGCGACGGAUUCUUAUAAGAUCACACACUACAAACAGUAUCCUCCAAAUGUCAGCAAAAUCUACUCCUACUUUGAAUGCAGACGCAAGAAAGGCUCCCAGUUUAGUGAAGUGGUGUUCUUUGGUCUUCAGUACCUGCUGAAGAAAUACCUCAUAGGCCCAGUGGUCACAGAAGAGAAGAUUCAGGAAGCCAAGCUCUUCUACCAGAUGCACUUCAAACAGGCUGUGUUCAAUGAGGAAAGCUGGAGGAAAAUCCUUGAGAAACAUGAUGGCCGUCUUCCUAUCCGGAUCAAAGCUGUCCCCGAGGGAAGGAUUAUACCGAGAGGCAACGUGCUCUUCACUGUGGAAAACACAGAUCCUAACUUCUACUGGCUCACCAACUACAUUGAGACCAUGCUGGUCCAGAUGUGGUAUCCUAUCACAGUGGCCACCAUAUCCAGAGAGUUCAAGAAGAUCCUGGCCAAGCACCUGAAGGCCACCUCUGGGAGCCUGGAAGGUCUGGACCUGAAGCUGCAUGACUUUGGCUACAGAGGAGUCUCUUCACAGGAGUCUGCAGCAUUAGGUGGAGCAGCUCACCUGGUUAAUUUCUGCAGUACAGACACAGUGGCUGGGCUGCUAAUGGCUCAGCGAUACUAUGGCUGCCCAAUGGCUGGCUUCUCUAUUCCAGCAGCAGAGCACAGUACCAUCAUCUCCUGGGGGAGGAGCAGGGAGAAAGAGGCGUUUGAGCGAGUCCUUGAUCAGUUCUCCUCAGGGCCGGUGUCAGUGGUCAGCGACAGCUACGACAUCUUUAACGCCUGUAAACACAUCUGGGGAGACAAGCUGAAGGAGCGAGUCAUGGAGCGCAGCCAGGACUCAUGCCUCGUCAUCCGGCCGGACUCCGGAGACCCUGCAGAGACCCUUAUCGAGGUCCUCAAGAUUUUGGAGGAGUGUUUUGGCUGUUCUCUGAAUUCUGUGGGAUACAAGGUGCUGCCUUCUUACCUGCGAAUAAUUCAAGGAGAUGGCAUUGACCUCAACUCCGUAGAUGAGAUCCUUAAGAAGCUGAGUGAUGAAGGCUGGAGUGCUGAAAAUGUCUUCUUUGGUUGUGGCAGUGCUCUGCUUCAGAAACUCAACAGAGACACGCUCAGCUGUGCCUUCAAGUGCAGCUAUGUGGAGACUAACGGCAAGGGGAUGGACGUGUACAAGCAGCCGGUGACUGAUCCAUCCAAGGGGUCAAAGAGGGGUCGAUUAUCACUGAGGAGAAACUCAGAUGGCUUCUUAGAGACGAUAGAGAGAGGAGCAGGCAAGCCUGAGGAGGACCUGCUGGUGACUGUUUUUGAGAAUGGCAGCUUGGUGCUGGACUACUCCCUGGAGGAGAUCAGGAAGAACGCUCGGCUGAGGGAUGAGGAGGUGAACCCCACCCUGCACAACCAUGAAAAGGAGCUGCUGCACAAUCACAUCAUCAACGGCAUUCAUUAGAUCAACCACAGAGCCUUUCACAGUGCAUAGAGUACUUAAUGUUUUAACAGGGUGCAGUGAAAUGAACACUGCAGUGGUUUCAAAAGGCACCCAUCCAAGUAUAAACUGAACAUGUUAACGGGGAGUGAAAAGCUGUUUUCUCACAAGACACUAACAUUUACUAUGACAAAAUAUGAACAGUAUUAUUGAUUAUAGUAAUCAUGCAGUAUGGGUUACACUUGCUAAUGAUAGCACUAGUGUUUGAUAUCUAAUAUUUAAUUAAAGGUCACUGUCAGCAUCAUAUAUCAGCACAGUUAUAUAUUGCUGCAGCCCUUCUUUGGUUUGUGUUUUUGAAACACAAGUCAUGUACAAUUUGUAAAUGAAGACAUCACAUCACUAGUGCAGAUUCUGCUGCACUGCCUCAGUUUGGACAAAAUCACAAAGUCAAUGAAGCCAUACCUGUUCUAUUUCCUGAUUUCUGAUGCCACUGGGCCCACAAAGCACACUAUGAAACCCCAGUGUUUAGUAUUGAAUAAAUAAAAAAAUAUAUCAUGAAAUGAAUAAUCCUAUGAAUACAUUGUGUAAAAUAUAUAAAUGAACCAAUAAUUUGUGAAAUAAUUGAAGGUUGUUGAAACUCAACUUAUUAUUAUAAAGAUGUAAUUUCAUCAUUAAUCAUCAGUUUUAUUCAUUUGAUUAAACUACAGACAUGUUUUAUUUCUAAAUGCCCUUUCCCUAAUUGAUUUUUUUGUAUUUCAUAAUCAAUCGCAGUCACUUUUCAUGACAAUCGUGAUGUCACCACCCUCUCUCCUUUCAGCCAAUCACAUAUCCCCUGCUUGAGCCAGCAAGCUCAACUACUGAGGCCACAUUUAGCCAGCUAGCUCCUGUUAGCUAGAGCACUGUUUUUCAAAUGGGGGUAUGGGUACCCCUAGGGGUUCUUUGGUGUAUUGCAGGGGGUACUUGAGAUUUUUUUUAAUGUUCAUUUAAAAAUAUGAGUAAUGCAUAAUUCCUAGUUUAAUAAACCACAUUUUAUAUUCAGUAUUCCUGUUUUCAGUAACUGCCAUAAACUGUCAAGUGCUGCAUCAAAGGCCAUCACCUUCACAUUUACAUUGGUGCUCUCUGUUUUUGCCCAAAAUGUUUUGCACUGGUCAGAGGGUCCUUGCCUAAAAAAAACAUAUAUAUUUCAAAGAGGGUACAUUAGUGGAACAAAGUUUGAGAAUGAACAACAAUGUCAGAGUAAUUCCUUAUCAUAUUUCAUAUCAUUACUACAGGCUGCUGCUGCAGAUAAACACAGUAACUAAAGCUGUACUCCAAAUCACACACUUUCUCCCUGCAGUACGGCAGCUGCCCCAACACAGUACAUACUGGUGCAUGCGGUAUGCACAUAAUCACACUACUUCAUCCUGACAUUGGGCCUUGAGUUCUGACCCUCUUGCUUACAUGUUCGUUACCAUGGAGAUAAAAACUUGGAUAUGAAAACGCCAUUUACCAAAGCUCGCCAUAGAUGGAGGUCAACUCUGAGAGCUCUGCUGUUGAUACUUUGCAAUGUAAUUAAUUUUAAGUUUUAAUUGAUAAAUGCAUUCAUUGUAGAUUCUAAAAUAUUUUUAUUCACCAUAGUAAAAUUACAUAAACAUUUCUCUGUAGUUGUUUUUUCAUAGUUAUGUCAUUUUGUUUUUAGUAGUAUAAUUAGCUAUUUUGUUCACUUAACAGUUAAUAUUCCUGUUGUUAUUAUUCAACUGGUCAUCAGUCACUUGGAUGUGCCGUCAUCCGUCGGUCUGUCAGCUUUCAACAAGCUCUCGAGCUGUCAUCUGUUUGUGGUUCCGUUGAUGUGACGCAUCUUCCGCUGCCCUGAGGACUGUGGGUCAGAAUAGCCAGAAAAGCAUGCGGGCUUGCAUUCUGUAAAAUGCAACCAGAUGCAGCAGAACAUCCUGGUAUUUUUGGCAUACUGCAUUGGACCAAUUGUGUAUUGGCACAUACUAAAUCUUUUUCUGGUAUAUUAAAUAGCUUGGAUAAUUAGUUAGCAUCAAAGUGAGGAGCCAGUGUUAGCAGUGUUAGCUCCUGAUAGCUAGGGACCACAGAAAUAAUAUGAGGUGGGAGUUUCUGUGUCAGUGCACUGGGCCCACUUACAACAGCCACUUCUUUAACUCUGUUGUUAUACACUGUAUAGUCAAAUAUGCACAUGUACAAACAGAACAUCAGAGACGUCAGAGUGAGUGGGCUGCCUCACAGGAUGGAGCCCCAAGCACUUAGGGGUUCGGUGCCCUGCUCAAGGCCACAUUGGCAGUGCCCAGGAGACAAACACUCCAGCUACCAGUCAAAAUUCCAGACUUGAUCCAGACUGGGACUUGAACCAGCAAACCUCAGGACCCUAAGCCAACUCCCCACUGACAGUUACUGCCACCCCAAUUGAUGAGGCAUCUUUCUUACGAGACAGAGGUCAUGUGAUUGGCUGAACGGUGUUGAAUGGGGUGCAACAACAAUACCAUCUCAGCUUCUUGUAAAUUGACCAGAUAAAUAUUAGUUUGAUCAUGUGGUUUUGAAUAUUUCAGUAACUAACAUACACGACUGAUGCUGCGAUGAUGCAUUUAGUGAUGAUGCUUGUGAUUUUAACAUCAAGAGUUUGGGAAUUUCUUCUCUGAAGUUUGAACCAAAAGAAAACAAACACUCAACUCAAACAGAGUCACAAUGUUGACAGAAUUUUAUUUAAAGGUGAUUUGUAUUUAUUUAUUAUUUGUAUCCUUAGCUGUUAGUACUUUUUUUUUAUACUGAGUCAUUUGUGGUGCGGAUAAACAUUAGGAGACAGACUGGACAUCAAACUGCCUUUACUAAAUCUAAUGCAGGCCUGAUAUUGUGCACUGCUACAAUGACUGCAUUAUGUAGCACAAUAAACCAGAUGUCAGAUAUGCUUGAGUAGUCAGUGUUAAACAAUUUGGAUCUGUACUGGAGAAGCUGACUAUGUAAGAUGUCCUUAUAUGGAAUAAUUCAAAUAGAUACUGUUAUAGAGAAUAUAGAGUAAAAUAUUUUGUUGAAAAUCUGAUUUGAUUGGCUGAUGAGCCUCGACUUAUGGACAUUAAAGGAAACAUUUACUCUGAUAAUCUUGUAUUCAUAGUCAUCGUGCAGCCCCACUAUACGCAACCAGUUCGCAUAAUCUCUAAGGGUGGGUAUCACCAGAGGCCCCAAGAUGCGAUGUUAUCAUGACACAAAAGUCACAAUACAAUAUUAUUUGUCAACAUAAUAAAGUUUCUCACUUAAGUCAUUUUUAUUGCAGCAAAAUGUAUCCAGAGGACUGAAAAAGCAAUUGAUGUAAUUAUUCUAGUAAGCCAUCAAAAGUUUUAGUUGUGUUUGGAAUAUUAAUAAUUUAUUUAAUAAAAAAUCAAUACUUGACAUCCAUGUAUUGAUACAAUAUUGCCAAACAAAAUAUCACAAUACUAUACUGUAUCAAUUUUAUUCCCCCCAGUCCUAAUAAACUCUUGUACGCCCUGUCUCACCAGUUGCUUGUGCCUGCAGCGUGAUUGGCUGUCAUGAUGUGAGCACUGUUUAAAUGUUUCAAAUUGUCACACCCUCUCCUCUCAACACCAGCACGGUCUGUAUCACAAGUGUUCCAGCAUACUGCAUGCAAUCAGUUGCUUCCUAUACAUAAUGAAUGGGAUCAAAGUUUUAGUCACAUAUAGUGAGGCUGCGUCAGUCUCUGAUGUCCACUGCCUUCCUCCACUCCUAUGCACCAACCUUCCUUUAACUUGCCUUGCUUCCUUUGGUUAGAAGUGUUUAAUUUCCCAGAAUGCCUUUCACCACCACCUCCACACAAGGGGCAUUAUUACUUCAAACAGUUUUGCAGAUAAACCAGUGUAUCUUCACGUAAACUGUGUAUUCACACUGAUGUAGCGCAUGUAAAUGUGUCACCCGAUUACCUGCCUUAAACAGCUCACUGUAUCAUGUAAGAUAUACUGAAGUUUGAAGUGGCUCAUUUCUUUUAUUUUGGGCAGGUAGCAUUGUAGGAAAUGCUGCCUUCUUUUACAGAAACUAUCUAGUUCUGUCAGUCACAACAGAUGUUAGUGAGCUAUAGAAGUGCUGACAGAUUAAAUGACCAGAUAGUCUGCUGCUGUAUUUUUAUGCAUUGAACUAAUGACUCCAAAGCUACUGCUGCUUUUGUUGGCUCUUAAGGGCCUGAUCAUUGUAAGUGUUUAUCCUUCUUACUCUCUUUUCAUGCCCCUCCAUUUUCUGUGUAAUGCAUUGGCUUGUUUUUUUGUUUUUUGUUUUUAUUUUAAUAAUCAGCAACAAAUUCAACCUGAAUCACAUUCAGUUUUAGACUGCAGGCCGGAGCCUGUUUGCAUUUGAUUUCCUUCUUGAUGACUGGUCUAUAGGGACGCAGUUUGCGGCCAACACUGAACAUAGGGUUUACCUGCUGUGUGAUAAUGGCACUAAUCAUAUACUUCAUGAAAUGAUAUUUUGUAAAUAUACUUUUGAAAAUGCUUGAAAAAACUUGCUUUUAACUUAUCUGUAUCUUUUAAAUGUUCUGUACCUUUGAUUUUGUUUGUGUUUUAAAAACUGACCUUUUGUAAGAUUAAAAAAAAACCCUGAAAACUUGCAAA